AUGCAAGAGCCUACUGUCACAUCGGUCUCCGACUUGUCCCCAUCCGACGCCAGGUGGAUUGCCCUCAAGAAGAUUGACUUCAUCGACCAGACUGGCACCGCUCGAACUUGGGAGACUGCCACCCGAAAGACCACCUCAAAGGCCGGUGUGGAUGCCGUCGCCAUUGGAAAUGUUCUCCUGCAUCCGUCGAAACCUCCCAGUACCAUGCUCGUCAUUCAAUAUCGCCCACCGAUUGGGAAAUAUACGGUGGAAUGGCCCGCUGGCCUCAUUGACGAAAAUGAAUCCGCCCAACAGGCUGCUGUACGGGAGAUGAAAGAGGAGACCGGUUAUGAAGGCCAUAUUGAUCAAAUCGGGCCCCCAGUGGCAAGUGAUCCAGGCAUGUCGGAUUCAACCAUUCAGCUAGUCAUGAUGACGGUACAGCUGAACGACCACGAGGACUUGCCAGAACAGCGACUCGAUGACGGAGAACUCAUUCAACGGGUCGUCGUACCCCUUACCGACCUCUACUCCCGAUUGCUCGAAUGGAGUCGCCAGGAUAACUUCAUGGUGGCAGCAAAACUGUUCCACUUUGCCGCUGGCAUGCACUUUGCAACAACUACUAAGUUGGUUUGA